UGUCCUCGCAUGUCUCCCAGUCCCCCCCACCGCCAUGUGUCCCCUGUUGCGUCUCCACGUGUCGCCCCGUCCAUGUGCUCGUGUGCAGGUCAUCGAAGAGGGUGGGACCCAGGCUGCGUGCUCCGAGGACGGGCUGGCUCGGUUCCGUGACGAGUUCAAGGUGGUGGGGGACGUGCGCGGCAAGGGGCUCAUGAUUGGUGUUGAACUUGUCACCGACAUGGUACGAUUGCAGACGCGCACAUGCAGACGAAUGCAAACGCAGGGUGCGUGGGCACGCCUCAUACAUGCGCCGUGUUCGAGUGCCGCUAUGCUGUGCGCUUGCUCAGGCCAGCAGGACGCCACUUCCGGCGGCGCAGAUGAACGAGAUCUGGGAGGACUGGAGUGGAAAGGAUGGCAUCUACGGACAGGUGUUCCGCAUCAAGCCGCCCAUGUGCAUUGCCACUGCCGCUGUGAUGCACAGGGCCCUGAGCAACCAAUGCAAGCGCCAAGCCGCCUAGACCCGGUCGUGCCACCGCACAGCAGCCCCCGCCGCACAGCCACUCGACGCAACUACACCAGCCUACUACACAACACCACCACCGCCACCAUUUGGCCACACCAUGUUGUAAAACCACCUAACUGCACUACACAGCCACACAAUACUACCACAACCGUCACUUAGUCACAUUCUGCAACCAUCAUAAAUGGCCACCACCACCAUGUGGUUACACCAAGUGACUACCCAACUAUCCCACCCCACACCCAUUCCACCUUUUUCUUUUUAAAGGCCGAACAUGAGCGCAGGCCAGCAACAAAGCAGCACUUUGUUUUGAAUUCCAGAUGUGAACGAACACACGACUGGUCUUGAGGCCAAGCUAUGGAGACUUCAGAGAUGGGGAUGACGCAGAGAGACGACACUGAUGAUAGCACAGCAGAUAAGAACAAGUGUCUCGAUUUGAGCAAGGUUAUAGCAACUUGAGAAACAGAGGAUGGGGGAGGGGGAGGUCCAAGGUAGAGGAGCAGUGCAGGGGGAAGGAGGAAGAGAGAAACGUGAACCAACGUGGUUGAGCACGGCAGGGACAAAACAGGUCCUUAGCAUGGGCAGAGGUGUAAUGGCGCCAGGUUCAUGGAAACAAUGAUGGUGGAAUUAGCGAUAAAACAAAGGGGGAGAUUAGGCCACUAAACAACGUGAGAGUAAGCACAGAAUCAUCAAUUAUUCGAACGACUUCACGUUGCUUGUGCGACGCAGAGUUGGGUGCUCCUGUUCAACAGGAACUCAACUACACCUGCCAGCCACACCACACCACCUCCCCAGCACAAGGAGCCAAGCCCAAUCAAUGCUACUUAAAUCCACACCAUUCAAUCCAUCAGCCUUACUCACACCACCUCACCUGACCCACACCACCUCACGUUGCCUACACUAGCCAACUCUCACAGCUCCGAUCCCCCAAUGACAGCCACAACACAGUGAUUCGUAAAAAAGCAAAUAUGAAAAUAAACAAACUCCCGCUA